AUGCGGCUCAGCUGGUGGAGUGCCUCCGGGCGCACUCGCAUGUCAGGUGGGCUGUCUGGUGGGCUGUCUGGUGGGCUGUCUGGUGGGCUGUCUGGUGGGCUGUCUGGUGGGCUGUCUGGUGGGUUGUCAGGUGGGUGCUGUCACAUGCCGGGUGGGUAUAAUGGCAUGCCGUUGUUUUUGCUGAGUGAUGCUCUUCGCUCCUUCCAAUCCCUCCGCAUGCCACGAGUGCAAGCGGUGGCAGCACGUUACGCUGCUGCUUCAAAGAAGCUGUAUGACGAGAAGAAAGGGAAGAACGCAGCAGGGAAUGAGGGAGGAUCAGGCGGUGAAGGAAGUGAGGCGGAUGCAACGCCAAAGUUUGAAGAGGUUCAAGCGGCAAUGGCUGCAGUGGCGGCACGAGAGGGGCGUGAUCCCGACGAGGACCUAUAUGGUUAUGACAUUGUGGUUUGGGAGGAGGAGGAUCAUCGUGUUGUGAGUGCUCUGCACUAA